GUCAGUAAACAAUGUCAAUCGUCGACCGUCGAUUUGGUAAACAAGCGUCUCCCGUACGAAGCUAUCGCUUGUCAAUUUUUUGUACGGGAUAGCAUUUUAUUUUUCUUCUUUUUAGACCCAAUAUUCUGUAAAAUAAUAAAAAUGGAGGUAACUAUGAACUAAAUUGGCCCUCAGAGUCUUCACGGACGCUUAUGGAUCAGGGUGGUUCGUUUAGGCAUCGCUUGUGCCGCUGUUUUUGGGAGAAGGUUCCCUUGAUAGCUGAGUGUUUUAAAUCAGACUGGUGUCAUCAUGUUGGACAUCCCUCCAAUUAAACGUGUCCAGUUGAAGGAGCUAAACAGUCGCCUGUGUAGCGCCAUCAACAAGGAACGCCAGUCAUGGAAACCUCUCCUCAUCAAGGACCCCCAGGAUAGUGAGACUGAGAUAGGGCCCAAUCAGAGAGAUGAAAUGGUGCAGUGGUUGUUGGAGUUGAACGUCAAGUUCCGCUUCUGUCCCGAGACAUACAUGCUGAGUGUUACCCUGCUGGAUCAGUGCCUUAUGGCUGUGAAGGCAAGGCCCAAGUACCUGCGUUGCAUCACCAUCACAUGCUUCUUCUUGGCUGCUAAGAUGAAAGAAGAAGAUGAGAUGGUCCCUGCAACUCAGGACUUUGUCCGUGACAGUCAGUGUGGCUGUACUGUGAGUGAAGUGCUUCGCAUGGAACGUGUCGUGCUCGACAAACUCAAGUGGGAGCUGAACUUCGUUAACGGCUUGGACUUCCUACAGAUUUUCCAUGCUUUGUUGAUGACCCAACGCCCAACCCUGCUGGAAGACCUGCACCAUAUGACCCCCUCCCGUCACCUCUCCAUGCUGACCGGCCGGCUGAGCCAGUGCAUGACCAACCAUCAGCUGGCUGCAUGCCGGGGCUCCACCCUUGCCCUGGCCAUGCUCAGCCUGGAACUGGAGGUGCUGGCUGAGGACUGGUUGCCCCUUACUAUUGUGCUGCAGCGCAUGGUUGGGGUUGACAACCAGUGGCUGAUUCGUAGCCGAGAGCUGAUUACUUACACGCUCUUUGGUCACUCGGCUUCCCAUCGCAUGCCCAGCACGCGUCCCAUCUCGCCCCCUAACCCCGUCUCACCCCCAGUGGUCAACUCCCAGAAAGCGACCCCCAACAAGGCCAAGCGCAAGAAAAGCGAGAUCCAUGAGAAUGUGUACGGCAACGUGAAGCGGCUCAUUGACAAGGGAAAGUGCGACAUGACCCUGCCGACAUGUCCGAUCCCGGCCAUCUCCGCCCAGGGGGGCAAGACCACCGUCACGCCCCCUGGAUCCUGCGGGAAGGAGGUGCGCCAGCAGGACGGGGACGAGAGUCUCCCGUCCUCCCACCCCCCACUGACUUCCAUUCCAGUCACUUAAGGGUUUCACCUUUGCAAAGCGAUAGCUUCACCUGCGUUUUAGUUGUGAAAUGUCAGCCCAGAAGAUAUGUUUCUUUUGUAGGUCUUGUUCACCAUGGCAUGUUUGUAAUGUUAUGUAACCAAAAUCAAAAGAAACAUUGUGUAGAUAUCUUGUUUUUUGAUGUAUGUACAAAUUUAACUAAUAUAUUGAGAAGAAAAAAAAUGUAUAUGUGUUCUUACCCUUGAUGUUAAGCCUACGUUAGGGGUAGACUUCUUUUGUAAGAACAGUGCCUAGACCUUGUUUACUUAGUGUACUGAUUUGGGUUUGAUGUAUAUAUUUUUAACAGAUUAUUAAAAAUAUUUCUCUGACAUGUAUAGCAAAAAUAAAGAAAAUGAGUGCUGUGAAACGAAAAGGCACUUGCUUUUACCACAUGGCUGCAGAUCAGAGACAAAUUUUACAUAUAACUGCUGCAAAUCCGUGCUUCAGCAUGGUUUAUCAUUGCACUUCUUGUUUUGUUUUACUUUAUUGUAGUACAAACCACCUCACACAACAGCUGUUGCCCAAGGCCCUGUCUCUGUCUCAAAGAGUUGUGAUUGAUCCAAAUUUAUUUAAAGUUCAUCAAUCUUAGAUGCAAGCUGACCAUCACCCAUGAAACGAGGUCAGGUUGUGAUCUAUUUGGAUCAUUUGCAACACUCUAAGAUGACAGGGUCCUGAUUUUAUUAACUUUAUUAAAUCUUUUUGGAUAAGAUGUUACGGGGUGUACUUUAUUGUUGCCUAAUAAUGUGCUGAAAUAGCCACCAAAGGGAUGAGAGCCAUGUGCCAACUAUAUUUCUCACUGCAUGCUUGCAGUUUGAAUGUAUAUGUGUCUUACCGAUAAGAUUGUAUUCCAUGAUGAUACUUGUAAUAAUAUCACACUGACAGUAUUUUUCUCAUAUCUCUUGAAAUUUGCUUAUUUGGUAUGUUGUGAUCUCAAAAGAUUUGUGUACAAUGGACACAAAGUCAACCUCCGUUUGGACAUGGACCCUUUUGUGCUUAUGGAGUCUGAGCUUUAAAAUUCUAGCUAGAUGUUCAUAUGUAGGACCGGAGAACACAACUUACCUCUUUGUAUCGGCAUAGAUGCAUACCUUGCAUAGCAGGGUCAAAUACCUUGAUGUAUCAAAUUAUUAAAAUUACAAAAAUGUUUUCCAAUAAUAUUUGAUACAGGUGAAAUUGAAAGGUAUGACAGCUAAAGCUACCAUGCAAAAAGGAGAACUCGAUCUCUAGGAGAAAUGAAAGAUGGUUAAGCAAGCUUUAAACUUAUCAGGGAUUUUGCAUUCUCACAUGGUACAAAAUUGUGUAUUGCUUUCUCUGUUGCUGCUAAAGGAGCGAUACAUUGUACCUAUAUUUCACUCCUAUAUUCAUCACGGCAAAUUUAUACUCCAAACUUGAGACACGAUUUGUAGCGUAGACCGCAGCCAAAAUUUUGUCUAUUAUUGAUCACUUGUGUUCAUCUUGCACUUCUGCUGUUUUGUAAUUCUUGUGCUAUUAAUUUCAAAUGUGUUUUCUGUUUGUGGUGCUGCUCAAAAUUGUAAUCGAUCUAGAUAUUCUUAAAGUGAAGGUUACGAUUUUUAUAAUCUAUCUGUACAAACAAAAUGAAGGGUGAAAGUAUCUUGUUGUAUAGGCAUAUUAUGUAUGAUGUAUAAAUGUAAAAAAGCAAAAGAAAAAAAAUCUUAAAAUGUUAUUUAUUGUGUGUAUGGCCAUUAAGAUGUACUAUGUACAUGUUUUCUGUACAAUCUGGAAAGGACAUGGGAAAGAAUUACUACUUCCCACCCUCCAACAAGUUAAUGCCAAACAUAUAUUGAAAAAAAAAAUAUUAAAAACUAUAGGUUGUAAAAAAGUAUGCAAAAAAAAGUCUUUAUAUUUCCUUGCCAUUCUUAUGAUAAUAAAGCUUAUGUGUAUAUAGUUUUGUAUCAUUUAGCAUAGGGUAAAGCAUAUAUGAGUGAGAAAUAGAAAAGUAAAUCUGUAAUAUGGUCAAGGAUCUGGACCUAUGUAUGUCAUUGAAGUUAUUCUAGAAAACCUGUAAGUUGAAAAGAGGGGAAUAAGAGGAGGGAAAAUGUAUGAUUUAUUGAGUAACGUAAUGAUCAUAAUGGUCUUUCUAUAUCACUUGUAUGUGUAGGCAGGACUUUCUGCCCAUGUCUCAGACACUGCAAAUUGUAUGAUAGGCAGAAAAAACAGAGGACCUCAUUUUUUCUUAAAUUUCAUCUGACAGUAUUCCCAGAUUGUAUAACGCCUUAAUGCAAUCGGAGGACUCUGAACGCAGUGGCUGUAGCAUUUCCUUUUAAAAUAAGUUUUGUUGUGUCUUUGUUGUGUUUUAUUGCAAUAGAUAUAUAUAUUUUUAUAUUGUGAGUUGAGCUUUUCAUUCAACGCCAUGACUAAGGCCCGAUUCUUUUUCUUCUGCCCACAUUUAUCAAGAUCAACAUUAUUUUAAAGUUGUUUUAUUACUUUUUCCAGUUGAUUUGUGGUGGGAUUAGGAAAGAAAGGGGGUUUUAAAGUUGAAAAUGCAUUUUCUUUAAGUCUCAUUGCCAGCAUGAAAGAUACAUUUCAUACAAGGCAGAUGAAGAAACAACAUUGACCAAUGAUGUCAAUUGUAAUAUGCAUUAAUGUUUCAUUUAUUUAUAUCUUAUCUUGGUUUUGUUUGAGCACAGAAGUACAUCGAUCUAUCCUCUCUACUGACAUGGUGGUUUUUAAAAAGUUUUAUUUAAAUUGAUUAAUUGACCAAGUGUCCAAUGUUAACAAUCAGAGGGAUACUUUGGGUGAAUCAUGGUUUGCCAAUGCCAUGUAUUUUAAGUUUCAACUCAAGAAAUGUGUUUAAUAUAUGUAUUGAUUUAAUUAUUUAUUUACACAAUAAGUAGGCUCUGUGUAUUCAAACUGUUGGUGCAGUAGGCUAAACAAAUUUAUUGUAAAGUGAAAGAGAUACCGUUGAAUAUUUCCGUUUAUAGAGUUUAGAUAAUACUGAGUAACUAUUUGUUUUAGAAUUAGUUGGUUUUGUGUAGGUUAACUUGUAAAUCUAGUACAGAUAUAUAUUUUGUUGUACCAGCUCUCUUCUGGGCUAUUAUUUGGUAUCAUUAUAAUUAUAAUUUUUGUAAAAUGUUGAAAAAGUUCCAAGAAUUGCACACUUUCAAUACAGACCAAGAGGUAUGCCUUUUGUUAUUCAAGGUAUAUUCAAUUCAUGGAAGCAACUAUCAUUCUUAUGACACAGAAUUUUAUUCAUAGUGUACUGAAAUGCACGAAUGUUAAAUGAAUAAUUCAGAAUUUUGUUUAUAAUGAAUGUUUUUAAUUGUCAUACAUGUUUUACAUUUUGUGGAGGUACCGUAUCUGUUGAUUUCUGUUUAAAAAAUGACGUACACGUACCACACCCAAGUCAUCCAUUUCAUAUAACAGGAUCCUUGGAUGGGGAUGAAGAUACGGGAAGUGAAAUAUCCUGUGCGUUGUAAAAGAAAAGAAUUCUUGGAAUCAGGGCAUAUAAUUUUGUGCAGUCAUUUAAAGGAGACCAAAAUGAAAUGACAUUCAAUGCAUGCACAGAACAUCAAUUUAAGCAUUUGAUCCGCCAGAUAUUUAUUCAAUGUCUAUUAUUUACAAUAUUUUUCCAGUUUUUGUUGUGAUCUGAUAAUAUUCUCUUUUUCUUUCACUAUAUAUUGAUUAUACAUCUUUAACCAACACUUGCUAUGAUAUUUCAUUCAGAAGAGGAUAUUUUAUGGCGAAACAUCUGAUUAAAGCCUCAACAUUGUGUUGUAUGAAAAAUA